UGUUCUUUAAAUUACAGAUAUGGACCACUACAUUUUUGAGUGUAGAUAUAAAUUCCCGUCUUUCUCAGAGGAAGAAACACUACUGGGCUGGCAUGUAUUGUUAUACGACGAAUUAUGGGCCGGACAUCCAGAAUUCAGAUGUGCUUUAUACGAAACGGUUAGAGAAGACCCACCAAUGUUCAAGAUGGUAAUUAGUGGGACCCACUCGUGCGAGGGUCUAUUGAAGAGAAUGAAACAAUCUGAGCAAGCAGUUCCCGAGGAGUUCCGACAUAUCGCCGAUGGAUCGAUAGCUCUUAUGUUUAGUAGAGACUUCCCACUAUCGCCCAAUUGGAGGAAAAAGCGGUCAGAGGAACAAAGGCCGCGGGUGCAGUUUACUUCAUAACUAACAUACUUAAUA